UUCAGCUCAGCUGGCUGACAGGCUCCUCAUUCAGCAGCCAGCAGCACUGAGAGUAGGACAGAACCCGGAUCUGGGAGCGCAACAGCAUCACCGCCCUCCAUAGAGCGCUGGGACCAGCUGCAGCAUCUCUGCUCUCCUGUCCUGUCUGAGUCAGAACGCGGUCCUGAUGGAGACACUGACACACUGAUGAUUAAACGAUGCACCAGUCACUCCCGCCGACCAGGUGUUGGAGCAAGGAGGGGGAGCGCCGUUAACCUGACACAAAGUCGCCCCUUAUCUAUGUGCAGUGCGCGCUUCUCCGUGGUCCCGUUUGCAGACGACUGAGAAGAUGCUGAGCCGCCUGAUGAGCAGCAGCGUCAGGAGUCUGGACAGGGAAUGCAACUGCACGGUGAGGCUGCUGGACGACUCGGAGUACACCUGCACGAUCCAGCGGGAUUCCAAAGGACAGAACCUAUUUGACCUCAUCUGCCACCACCUCAACCUCCUGGAGAAAGACUACUUUGGCAUCAGAUAUGUCGAUCCAGACAAACAAAGACACUGGUUGGAGUUUACAAAAUCUAUUGCCAAGCAAAUGAAGUCCCAGCCACCUUUCACCAUGUGUUUGCGUGUCAAGUUUUAUCCACCAGACCCAGCUGCUCUAAAAGAGGAAAUCACCAGAUAUCUCGUCUUCCUGCAGGUUAAGCGGGACCUCUACCACGGCCGCCUCCUUUGCAAGACAUCAGAUGCAGCUCUGCUGGCUGCCUACAUAUUACAAGCUGAAAUUGGAGAUUAUGAUCCUGGGAAACACCCUGAGGGCUAUAGCUCCAAGUUCCAGUUCUUCCCCAAGCACUCAGAGAAGUUGGAGCGACGAAUUGCUGAGAUUCACAAAACUGAGCUGAUAGGUCAGACUCCUGAAACAUCAGAGCUCAAUUUCUUGCAAAAGGCCCAGACUCUAGAGACGUAUGGAGUGGACCCUCAUCCAUGCAAGGAUGUGUCUGGAAAUCCUGCUUUUCUGGCUUUCACUCCGUUUGGAUUCACUGUGCUACAAGGAAACAGGAGGGUCCAUUUCCUCAAAUGGGAGGAGGUAACCAAACUCAAGUUUGAGGCAAAGACAUUCCAUAUAUAUGCAACUCAGAAUGAGGACAGGAAGAUUAUACUUACUUACUUUGCACCUACACCAGAGGCCUGUAAGCAUCUGUGGAAGUGUGGAGUAGAGAACCAGGCCUUCUAUAAGUUAGAGAAAUCAAGUCAAGUUCGCACUGUUUCCAGUGGCAAUCUCUUCUUCAAGGGUAGUCGCUUCAGAUACAGUGGAAAGGUUGCAAAAGAGGUUAUGGAACAAAGUGCCAGAAUCAAGAGGGAUCCCCCUGAGAUCCACAGGGCUGGCAUGGUUCCCAGCAGGAGUUGUCCAUCUAUUACUCACGGUCCCCGUUUGACCAGCGUGCCGAGAACCCGGAGGAGAGCUGUGCACAUCUCCAUUAUGGAAGGUUUGGAGUCUCUUCGAGACAGUGCCCACUCCACACCAGUGCGCUCCGUCUCCCAUGGCGACUCCUUCAUGUCCAGCCGGGGCCACCUGGAGGACAGCAGUGAGGCCAGCACGUCAGGAGUAAUCUCCGAUGAGACCUACAGCCCCUCGGACAGCGUGCUGCCCACUCCUGUAGCAGAGCAUGGGGUGGAGCUUCCUUCAGCUCGCCACCUCAACGGCUCACCCUGCAGCAUCGAUGAGGAGAAGGAAUCGGAGGCGAGGGCUCUUAAAGAGGGGCAGGCAGGGGAGUUCAGAUCCGGAAGGAGAGCAAUGGGUGAGGUCCGUAGCAGGCCUUCACAAGGUGCUGAUGUAGAGGAUCUUAACAAGUUCAUCCUGAGCGUGCUGCGUCUGUUCCUGGUCACUAUCGGACUGUUGUUCGCCCUGCUGCUGCUGCUCAUCAUGUUGACAGAGUCCGACCUGGACAUCGCCUUCCUGAGAGACAUCCGCAAGACACCUGAGUUCCAGCAGUUUCAUUUUGAGUAUUUCUGCCCUCUCCGGCGCUGGUUCGCCUGUAAGUUGCGAUGGAUGGGUAGUUUUCUUAUUAGCAAAUGAAGUGAAGCAAGUGAAGAAAGUACACAACUAAACACAGACCUCCGGUGAUGGACAUGGAAUAUGUGGAAAUAACAGGAGAGAAGGGAGAGGAAGGCAACAGCUCUGAUUAUGUUGGCUCCGCUUCUCCCAGGAAGAAGUUCCUGUCACAAGCCACAGACUGCCAUAAUUAUUAUCUAUGACUAUCACUACAUAUGUAGGGGAAGAAAUCUCACUUUAUUUUUGUGAUUCAGGUCAUUUCAAGGUAUUUUAUUUUCACAAAAAGUCCCAAUAGCAGGGUGGAUCAAAGAUUUGAUCCGGGUCUUUCAGGUUGUGUUUGGUCAGCCAGAGAUCAUAGUUGCCUUUAUUUUUCUAUUCUUUAUACUUUAUAACAUUGCUGUGAGAAAGGUCAACUAGAAUGUUUGUGGUUAUUUUAAUAGGAUAGUUCUGGUGAGAAACAAAAGGGACAGAAAAGCUGAUUGUUUUGCGCAA